UCUGGACAGGCAGCAGCAGCAAUUUCACAGAGGGAGCGACAGAGGGAGGAGUGGGAGUGAGCUCCUGCAGCAGCACACUCACAUAAACACUGCGUGCUGUGUGAGCGGCUCGGGUGUAUGCGAGUCCCUGCUGCUGCUGAGUCUGACACAGGCACAGUGCUGGGAGUUCUGCUGAUGCUGCUGCUGCUGCUGACAGGACGCUUCACAGCGACGUGGGACUUUUUUUCACAGGACUUCUGAGUCUGCUGGAUUUGCCCUGGAGUAGAGUGUGCGUGGAAUAAUCACCCGUGGAAUCCAGUAGAAGUCACCCGUAAAGGUUACUGUUGGAGGGUCUCUGCAUCGCAACCUGCACAGUGUUUGUUAAUCUAUAUAUUAUUAUCAGAUUUGCAGUCUCAUCAUCGCACAUGGUCCUUGCGAUGUAUUAAUGUCCGCCCCUGUGCGAAGACUCAUACACAGCGGGGUCCGCAGCUCUGCGGCGUAACCGGGACAGCUGCCACAGGUGGUCUCUCUGUAUAGUGGCAUCCCUCUGGGCUGGGCUGCUGGGUGACUCUACUAUUCCCUCCUGGUCCUCAGGUCUCUAACCAUCGCCUCCCGUUCUGGCUCUCACAGGGGUCCUUGUACAGCCCCAUAUGUGUGCCUGCUGCUGCGGCAUGGCAUGGGGGCAGCCCCGCACUGACCCUGCUCUGCCUGCUGCCUGCAUGCACGCACACUGACCCCGGGGCAGGCAUGGCCACACAGGACGCUCUCCGGACCUCGGCUCUGGAGAUGGAGAAGUACUACAGCCUGCAGCAUGCUGCCUCACUCAUCAACACUCUGCUGGAAAAGACAGCAGCUCCCAUCUGUGCAAAGGACAUCACCGAUCUGUUGAUGAAAGAAUAUGCUUUUCUAUCAGGUGGUCGGGGGAAGGAUGACGGAUGGAUUAUAACAUUUCCUGAAAAUGAUACUUUUCAUGAAGUUUCUGAGGGCGUUCUGAAGACUGUUCUAACAUAUCUGACUUCCAUUCCGAGUAAGCAAGAAAGUGAUGUUAAAUUCAUUCUCAUAUUGGACAGAAGACUGGAUACAUGGACGUCUGUAAAAUUAACUCUUCAGAGAUUAUCUCACUCUUUUCCUGGAAACUUGCAUCUAGUCUUGGUUUUAAGACCCACUGGGUUUUUUCAGCGUACUUUCACCGACAUUGGAUUUCGCUUCAGCCAGGAAGAUUUCGUACUCAAGUUACCGGUGGUUAUGCUCAGCUCUGCAUCGGACUUACUUAAAUACAUAGAUGAAAAGCAGCUGACACCGGAACUUGGGGGUACUCUUGAAUAUCGGCACAGGGACUGGGUUGUCUUCAGAACAGCCAUUGAGGGAUUUGCUCUGACAGUGAAGGAAAUUGCUCAGAUGCUACAGGCCUUUGGUACCGAAUUGGCUGAGACAGAAUUACCGAGCGACAUGUAUUCAAUUGAGCAUAUUCUAGCAAAACGCACUGAAAAGUACUGCCAGCUGAAGAAAGACAUUACCUCAGUGAUGAGGGAGGGGCGUCUGCUACUGAACAGUUUUGAAGGACCAAGCACAAGUUUAGUUAGUGAGCAGCAGACCAGUGAAAAACAUGGAGACUGGGAAACUGUGAAUAGGUUGCUGGCACAGUUACAUGAGAUGGAAAACGCGUUUGAUGGCUUUUGGGAGAAGCACCAGCUAAAACUGGAACAAUAUUUAGAAUUACUAAAAUUUGAGCAGCAUUUCGAAGAGCUGAAGAAUGCUAUAGAAUUUUUAAUGGUACAGCAAGCCAGCCUUCCAGACACAGCAGAGAGUUUGUCUGAUGUCAGGCAGCGACUAAUGGAGCUAAAUAGUCUGGAGGAAAGGUCACGGGAGUUAAUAGAAAGAUCACAGGUGGUUAUUUUACAUGGACACCAGCUAGCAGCUAAUCACCAUUAUGCACUCAAUCUAAUCUGCCAACAAUGCAACGAGCUGAGACAUGCAUCGGACGUUUUGUCUGAGGAGAUUAAAAGGAAGCACGCUCGUCUCUCUACAGCACUUGAACUACACAGUCAACUACAGCAGGUUCUUGAAUGCUGUGAUACAGGUGCAUACUUUCUAGCUAACCAGCAAAUGGACAAGUGCCAGUCAAGAGAGGGGGCACUGAAGGCUUUACAAGAUGUUGAGCUGUUUCUAGAAAGUUCCACACUGGACUUAAGUUUUGAUCCACAAACUUUACAGUACGAUUUUGAAUCCAUUCUAACGGAUGAGCUGAAGGCUCAAAUCCAAGCUGCUCACAUCAAGAUUGAAAAUAUCAGAGUUCUGUUUGACAACCGUCAGACCUGCCUGAAGAAGCUGGCUGAUAAGCAAGUGCGGCCGGUGCAGUUAGUGGCUCCUCGACCUGAGAAUCCCCCCAGGGCAAAAUCACCACUAUUCUCCCCAAAGCAUGGUAUGGAUUUCAAUUCAAGUCUGAAGUUCUCAUUUGACAUAACAUUGCCAGGGAAAAGGACCACAAGGAAAAUGCAAAGUUCCCGCAAGAUUGAAGUGAUGCACGACUAUCAAGAGAAGCGAAAUUCUGUGCAAUUAUUUAUUUCAGAAAGUGAAGACAGUUUGGAUAUACUUAAAGGGCAUGUCAUCCAUGAGCUAAUAGAGACUGAGCGGAUUUAUGUAGAAGAACUGUACACUGUUUUAUUGGGCUACAGAGCUGAGAUGGAAAACCCAGCAAUGAUUCAGUUCAUGCCAUCAUCUUUGAGAAAUAUGAAGAAUAUUUUGUUUGGAAAUAUGCCAGAGAUAUAUGAAUUCCACAAUAAAGUAUUUCUACUGAGCCUAGAAAGCUGCAUUGGAGCACCGGAGAGGGUUGGUUACUGCUUCUUAGAAAGGAGAGGAUAUUUCCAGAUGUACGAGAAGUAUUGUCAGAAUAAACCUCGCUCAGACUCCCUCUGGAGGCAGUUUUCAGACAGUGCUUUUUUUCAGGAAUGCCAAAAGAAAUUGGAGCACAAACUUGCACUGGACUCAUAUUUACUGAAGCCAAUACAACGCCUAACAAAAUACCAGUUGCUAUUAAAGGAGCUGCUGAAAUAUAGCAUUAACUCGGAUAGAGUCCAAGAAUUACAAGAAGCUCUGGUUUCCAUGCUGGAUUUAUUAAAGUCAGUGAAUGACUCCAUGCAUCAGAUUGCUAUAACAGGAUAUAAUGGAGAUAUAAGUGAUCUGGGCAGAAUACUAAUGCAAGGCUCUUUUAGUGUGUGGAUCACUCAUAAGAAGAGACCGACAAAGAUGAAGGAACUUGCCCGCUUUAAGCCAAUGCAGAGACACCUGUUCCUCUAUGAGAGAGCAUUGGUGUUCUGCAAAAGGAGAGAGGAGCAUGGAGAUGGACAUGAUAAAACGCCAUCAUACAGUUUUAAGCACUAUCUGAAGAUGAAUGCUGUUGGCAUCACAGAAAAUGUCAAAGGUGAUAAUCGCAAGUUUGAAAUUUGGUACAGCGGGCGAGAAGAGGUUUAUGUUGUACAGGCCCAAACAGCAGAACAGAAGGCAGCGUGGCUGAGUGAAAUACGUAAGAUAUUGACCAGGCAGCGAGAAGUUAUGAAAGUGGAGAAGCAGAAACACAGUCCGUUUUCAGACCAGGUUGUGCUGUCAUCACAAAUGAAUGAGAGGAUGUUACAGAGGGCUUCAGUGAGUUCUGAGGAAAAUGAAUCGGAAACCUCUUGCUCUGUUAUGUUGGAUAAUUUGAAUCUCUCACCUCAACAUAAACCACACAAAGGUUGGUCAGGAAUGUCCCAGUCAUUGGACAUCUGUGAGGGACUUGACGGAUGGUCCAGUCAGCAUAGCUCAUAUGCUUGUUCAGAUACAGAGGAGGAGGACACAAUCCAGCUGUCUCCAGGAAAGUACAGAGCAUUGGCCGACUGCAAUAAGAGGGGCUCCGAAGAUGUACUGGUAAAAAAUGGGGACUUCAUCCAGCUUAUAGAGGAAGAUGCCGAGGGACAAUGUGACAUUGUAUGCCAAUCAGAGGGAGGAGACACAUUUAGUAGGUUGGUGAGGAAUUUGAAUAGAAAAAAAGAAGGCUGGAUCCAUGGAAACAACUUACAAAUUAUAAUUGGUGAAUGUCGGAUUCGGGCAUCCAAAAUAACAGAUUCUGCCCUAUGUAACACAAGGAAGCUAAGUUCUCCUUAGAAGGACUGGUGGGUAUCGCUUCUCCUUAGAAGGACUGGAGGAUAUCGCCGCACCUCUUGCUGCUUAUAGUCCAGAAGUCGGAGACUCCAUUACAUAUUAAUGUUGCUACAAAUGAAAUCCUGCAGCACCAUCCGUGUCCAUCCUCCAAAGAUCAGAUACAUUUUUCACAUUGAUAAAGGACACUUUUAAUGACCUCAUUUUGUAAGAAAGUUUCUGUACAUUGGAAGGUUCCAUUUUUACCACACCACAUAGUACCACUAUUUUAUUUUUCAUCUUGGCUAAUGAAAUGUUUUUAACUAAAUGUAAAUAUAAGUGCUGGCAUUUCUAGGCAGUUCAUUCCAAGCGCAACAUGUGUUUUACCAUUUUUUGAGUAAAACGCUCGUACUUGAAUCAUUGUGACUGUAUGCCUGUUACCAAGGAUUCUCACAAGGGGUCAGUUUGAACUUGUAAUGUGACUCAUUGCAA